AUGAGAGAGAUCACAUUCAGGAUUGUGGGGGAGGAUACACUGAGGAGGAGGCUCGAAAACCUCUCGGCCCACAGAAGAGGACAUUCCAGUUCAAGCAUGGAGGAGUUGGAGUCGUAUCUCAUGAUAUCCGGAAAGGACUAUACGCCGUCGCUUCUCCGGGCGUACAUCCUCAGCACGGCCCAGAGGAUCAUGAUGAUCAAGCCUCACAACGAGGCCAUUGAGGAAGACCCCACCUUUCAGGUUGACCCGGAUAUAUUUCUCGCCUUCUUCCCUGAUCAGAGGGUAGGAAGGCAGCAGCUGAGAAAGCUGCAAGAGAAAGAACGAAAGGACAUGGCUAGGUUCGAAAAAGAACAAAGAUUUUCGAGGUCUCUAGGGCUUUCCUAG